UUGUUAUGCGAAACGUCAACGCGCGUGGGUUUUCGGCUGGCACACGUCGUGACGUAAAUCGAUCCCGCCAACAUUAUCACCGAUGACGUACGCGUUUCUGCGUAUCCGCAAACGAGGCAGCUCGUUCGAAGAUCCCAGCGAUAAAAGUGCUACCAGAUAGAAGCGAUGAAGAUGAUCGGAACCGUGAUUGACUUAAUGGAUUGCCGUCAUCAAACGUCCUUACUGAUUUGCGUCAUCCUCGUCAUCGUGUUUCCGAUUCUGGCCGCGACCGAUGCCGAUAAACGCGAAUAUGGGAACACGUACGAGAGGAAAACCGAGGGCGAUCAUGCAUUUUCGAAAAGUACGAAGCAAUUGAAGCACAGCGACGAUAACGGGGACUCGACGGUGAAACACACAGAAGAUCAUGGACGAGUUAACAAUGAAAAUGGCUCGCCAUUGAACACCUUUCUGGAAGACGUUCUUAAAGCACAGGAUGAUUUGAAAUGGAUAGAUCAGGUUGUACACAGCACUGAUCACCGGAAACAUGAGGACUCGUUCACUGGAUCGAACAAGUAA